AUAGCUGCGGGGAGAGAGAGAGAGAGAGAGAGAGAGAGAGAGAGACCCUGCUAAAUUACACACUGCCAAUUCUCCUUUCCCACUGCCAAUUCUCCUUUCCCACUUUCCACCAUGCCCACUUUCUGUUUCUAAAAUCUCUCUCCCCCCGCUCACUGCACUCUGAAACUUGAGAAAAUGGCUCUUCCCCAAUUCCUACCCUCCCCAUCUUCCUCCACCCUCACUCCCAAACACCACUUAAUCCCCAAUUACACUAACCCCACCUACCCUAAAUCCAUCUCCUUCACGACGCCGUCUCGAAUCCUCCGCCGCCACCGCAACCGUAAACCUAAUAACCACCACUUCCGUUGCUCCGCCUCCAAGAAAACCCCUCCAAACGCCGCCGCCGAGGAGCUCCCCCUCUUCCCCCUCCCCCUCGUCCUCUUCCCCGGCGCCAUCCUCCCUUUACAAAUCUUCGAGUUCCGCUACCGCAUCAUGAUGCACACCCUCCUCCACACCGACCUCCGCUUCGGCGUCGUCUACUCCGACUCCGCCACGGGAGCCGCCGACGUCGGCUGCGUCGCCGAGGUCGUCAAGCACGAGCGCCUCGGCGACGACCGCUUCUUCCUCAUCUGCAAGGGCCAGGAGCGCUUCCGCGUCACCAAGCUCGCCCGCACCAAACCCUACCUCGUCGCCGACGUGGCCUGGCUCGAGGACCGGCCCGGCGAACAGGACGACGUGGAGGCUCUCGCUGCCGAGGUGGAGAUGUACAUGAAGGAUGUCAUUAGGUUAUCGAAUAGGUUGAACGGGAAGGGGAAGGCCGAGAAGGAGGUGGGGGAUUUGAGGAGGAAUCAGUAUCCGACGCCGUUUAGUUUUUUCGUGGGGAGCACGUUCGAAGGGGCGCCGAGGGAGCAGCAGGCGCUGCUAGAGCUGGAGGACACGGCGGUGAGGUUGAAGAGGGAGAAGGAGACGUUGAGGAACACGUUGAAUUACCUGACGGCUGCAUCGGCUGUCAAGGACGUGUUUCCGUCCUCCUCGUCGUGAUUGGUUAAUAUAGAGAGAGUGAGUGCAAGGAGAAAAGAUAGCAAAAAAAUGCGUGUGAUAUGAGGAGUGUGUAGGGCUGCAAACAAUUACCGAGCUAUUCGUGAGUAGCUUGAGGCUCGGCUUGUUAUGGUUUUGGCUCGGCUAGUAAACGAGUUGAGUUCUGGUGUUAAGCUUGUUUAGUAUAUGAGCCGAGAGCUGAUUAUAACUUGGCCUGUUCAUAAAAGCUCGGCUCAAUUUGUGGAGGCUCAGCACGUUUAUAAAAGAUCGGUUCGUUUG